UUGGCCCUUGCAUUUUUACCUUUCUCCCAACAACUCCGUGUCAACCAUGACACAAAGAUCAACCGGCAUCGCUUUGGCCGGUGCAGCAGCUGGCAGCUUGGCUCUGCUGAACGCUGCCUCCGACGCCUUUGUUGCAGCUCCUGCUGCGCCGAGCCUGCGUGGCUCCAACCUGGCCGUUGCGCAGGGUCAAAGCACCUCCGGUUCCAGUGCUUUGCCUGCUCUUGCCUGUGGCGGAGCUGUGGCUGCUGCAGCGGUUGCCACCCAGCGAACAGGCCGACAGUCGCGCACGUCGAUUCUUCCAACCAGCGUGGUCCAAGUCAAGGAGAGCUGCAUCACCAGACGUGCGUUGGACCAGUCCAGUCGCUAUGCUGACCUGUCCCUGGAUGAAGACACUCUUAUCCGAAAUGGCAAGCACGUGCUGGUUGCCUACAUCAUGAAGCCCAAGGCGGGCUAUGACUACUUGGCCACCGCUGCCCACUUCGCCGCGGAGUCCUCCACUGGUACCAACGUGAACGUGUGCACCACUGAUGACUUCACCAAGUCCGUGGAUGCGCUGGUGUACUACAUCGACCCUGACAAUGAGGAGAUGAAGAUUGCCUACCCAACCCUCUUGUUUGACCGUAACAUCACCGACGGCCGUGGCAUGAUGUGCUCUUUCCUGACUCUGGCCAUUGGAAACAACCAGGGUAUGGGCGAUGUCGAGUACGGCAAAAUCUAUGACUUCUACUUGCCUCCAGCAUUCCUCAGGCUGUAUGAUGGUCCUUCCGUGAACGUGGAGGACAUGUGGCGCAUCCUGGGCCGUGGCACCACCAACGGUGGUUUGGUGGUUGGAACCAUCAUCAAGCCAAAGCUGGGUCUGCAGCCCAAGCCUUUCGGUGAGGCGUGCUACUCCUUCUGGCAGGGAGGUGACUUCAUCAAGAACGACGAGCCCCAGGGCAACCAGGUGUUCUGCCAGAUGAACGAGUGCAUUCCUGAGGUGGUGAAGGCCAUGAGGGCUUGCGUCAAGGAGACAGGCAGCUCCAAGCUCUUCUCCGCCAACAUCACUGCAGAUGAUCCUGAGGAGAUGAUUGCCCGCGGCAAGUACAUCAUGUCUCAGUUCGGUCCUUUGUCCGAGAACUGCGCAUUCUUGGUGGAUGGCUAUGUUGCAGGUGGAACUGCGGUGACCUGCUGCAGGCGCAACUUCCCCAAGCAGUUCUUGCACUACCACCGAGCCGGCCACGGUUCAGUGACCAGCCCCCAGACCCAGCGUGGUUACACUGCCUUUGUGCACACCAAGAUCUCCCGAGUCAUCGGUGCUUCUGGCAUCCACGUGGGCACCAUGAGCUUCGGCAAGAUGGAGGGUGAUGCCUCCGACAAGAACAUUGCUUACAUGCUGCAGGAUGACGAGGCCGAUGGUCCUUACUACCGACAGGAGUGGCAGGGCAUGAAGGAGACCACUCCCAUCAUCUCUGGUGGCAUGAACGCCCUGCGCUUGCCAGCCUUCUUCGAGAACCUGGGACACUCCAACGUGAUCCUGACUGCUGGCGGUGGCUCUUUCGGUCACAAGGACGGCCCCAAGAUCGGUGCCAUCUCUUGCCGUCAGGGUGAGGAGGCCUGGAAGCAGUGGAAGGCCGGCCAGUUCGGCAACAUUAGCUUGAGCGAUGGCGUGAUCGAGUAUGCCAAGACUCAUGAGGAGAUCAAGGGCGCUUUCCUGACCUUCCAGAAGGAUGCUGACCAGAUCUACCCUGGAUGGAAGGAGAAGCUCGGCUACACCGGCGAGUCCUCCGUGCAGGCUGCAUCCUUUGACUGGGCCAAGCGUGCUUCUGCUGCUGCCUUCGUGGGUGCCAGUGUUGCCCCUGCCAAGAAGGAGAACGUUGUUGCCCGCCAGGCUUUGGAUCAGUCCAGCCGAUAUGCUGACCUUUCCCUGGAUGAAGACACCUUGAUCAGGAACGGCAAGCACGUGCUGGUUGCCUACAUCAUGAAGCCCAAGGCAGGAUACGACUACUUGGCCACUGCUGCCCACUUCGCCGCGGAGUCCUCCACUGGUACCAACGUGAAUGUGUGCACCACAGAUGACUUCACCAAGUCCGUGGAUGCCCUGGUGUACUACAUCGACCCUGACAAUGAGGAGAUGAAGAUUGCCUACCCAACCCUCUUGUUUGACCGUAACAUCACCGACGGCCGUGGCAUGAUGUGCUCUUUCCUGACUCUGGCCAUUGGAAACAACCAGGGUAUGGGCGAUGUCGAGUACGGCAAAAUCUACGACUUCUACUUGCCUCCAGCAUUCCUCAGGCUGUAUGAUGGUCCUUCCGUGAACGUGGAGGACAUGUGGCGCAUCCUGGGCCGUGGCACCACCAACGGUGGUUUGGUGGUUGGCACCAUCAUCAAGCCAAAACUGGGUCUGCAGCCCAAGCCUUUCGGUGAGGCGUGCUACUCCUUCUGGCAGGGAGGUGACUUCAUCAAGAACGACGAGCCCCAGGGCAACCAGGUGUUCUGCCAGAUGAACGAGUGCAUUCCUGAGGUGGUGAAGGCCAUGAGGGCUUGCGUCAAGGAGACAGGCAGCUCCAAGCUCUUCUCCGCUAACAUCACUGCAGAUGAUCCUGAGGAGAUGAUUGCCCGCGGCAAGUACAUCAUGUCUCAGUUCGGUCCUUUGUCCGAGAACUGCGCAUUCUUGGUGGAUGGCUAUGUUGCAGGUGGAACUGCAGUGACCUGCUGCAGGCGCAACUUCCCCAAGCAGUUCUUGCACUACCACCGAGCCGGCCACGGUUCAGUGACCAGCCCCCAGACCCAGCGUGGUUACACUGCCUUUGUGCACACCAAGAUCUCCCGAGUCAUCGGUGCUUCUGGCAUCCACGUGGGCACCAUGAGCUUCGGCAAGAUGGAGGGUGAUGCCUCCGACAAGAACAUUGCUUACAUGCUGCAGGAUGAUGAGGCCGAUGGUCCUUACUACCGACAGGAGUGGCAGGGCAUGAAGGAGACCACCCCCAUCAUCUCUGGUGGCAUGAACGCCCUGCGCUUGCCAGCCUUCUUCGAGAACCUGGGACACUCCAACGUGAUCCUGACUGCUGGCGGUGGCUCUUUCGGUCACAAGGACGGCCCCAAGAUCGGUGCCAUCUCUUGCCGUCAGGGUGAGGAGGCCUGGAAGCAGUGGAAGGCCGGCCAGUUCGGCAACAUUAGCUUGAGCGAUGGCGUGAUCGAGUAUGCCAAGACUCAUGAGGAGAUCAAGGGCGCUUUCCUGACCUUCCAGAAGGAUGCUGACCAGAUCUACCCUGGAUGGAAGGAGAAGCUCGGCUACACCGGCGAGUCCUCCGUGCAGGCUGCAUCCUUUGACUGGGCCAAGCGUGCUUCUGCUGCUGCCUUCGUGGGUGCCAGUGUUGCCCCUGCCAAGAAGGAGAACGUUGUUGCCCGCCAGGCUUUGGAUCAGUCCAGCCGAUAUGCUGACCUUUCCCUGGAUGAAGACACCUUGAUCAGGAACGGCAAGCACGUGCUGGUUGCCUACAUCAUGAAGCCCAAGGCGGGCUAUGACUACUUGGCCACCGCUGCCCACUUCGCCGCGGAGUCCUCCACAGGAACCAACGUGAACGUGUGCACCACUGACGACUUCACCAAGUCCGUGGAUGCGCUGGUGUACUACAUCGACCCUGACAAUGAGGAGAUGAAGAUUGCCUACCCGACCCUCUUGUUUGACCGUAACAUCACUGACGGCCGUGGCAUGAUGUGCUCUUUCCUGACUCUGGCAAUUGGAAACAACCAGGGUAUGGGUGAUGUGGAGUACGGCAAGAUCUACGACUUCUACCUGCCACCCGCAUUCCUCAGGCUGUAUGAUGGCCCCUCCGUGAACGUGGAGGACAUGUGGCGCAUCCUGGGCCGUGGCACCACCAACGGUGGUUUGGUGGUUGGCACUAUCAUCAAGCCAAAGCUGGGUCUGCAGCCCAAGCCUUUCGGUGAGGCGUGCUACUCCUUCUGGCAGGGAGGUGACUUCAUCAAGAAUGACGAGCCCCAGGGCAACCAGGUGUUCUGCCAGAUGAACGAGUGCAUUCCUGAGGUGGUGAAGGCCAUGAGGGCUUGUGUCAAGGAGACAGGCAGCUCCAAGCUCUUCUCCGCCAACAUCACUGCAGAUGAUCCUGAGGAGAUGAUUGCCCGCGGCAAGUACAUCAUGUCUCAGUUCGGUCCUUUGUCCGAGAACUGCGCAUUCUUGGUUGAUGGCUAUGUUGCAGGUGGAACUGCGGUGACCUGCUGCAGGCGCAACUUCCCCAAGCAGUUCUUGCACUACCACCGAGCCGGCCACGGUUCAGUGACCAGCCCCCAGACCCAGCGUGGUUACACUGCCUUUGUGCACACCAAGAUCUCCCGAGUUAUCGGUGCUUCUGGCAUCCACGUGGGCACCAUGAGCUUCGGCAAGAUGGAGGGUGAUGCCUCCGACAAGAACAUUGCUUACAUGCUGCAGGAUGAUGAGGCCGAUGGUCCUUACUACCGACAGGAGUGGCAAGGCAUGAAGGAGACCACUCCCAUCAUCUCUGGUGGCAUGAACGCCCUGCGCUUGCCAGCCUUCUUCGAGAACCUGGGACACUCCAACGUGAUCCUGACUGCCGGCGGUGGCUCUUUCGGUCACAAGGACGGCCCCAAGAUUGGUGCCAUCUCUUGCCGUCAGGGUGAGGAGGCCUGGAAGCAGUGGAAGGCCGGCCAGUUCGGCAACAUUAGCUUGAGCGAUGGUGUGAUUGAGUAUGCCAAGACCCACGAGGAGAUCAAGGGUGCUUUCUUGACCUUCCAGAAGGAUGCGGACCAGAUCUACCCUGGAUGGAAGGAGAAGCUUGGCUACACCGGCGAGUCCUCCGUGCAGGCUGCAUCCUUCGACUGGGCCAAGAGCGGCUUGGCACUGCUGAAUGCUGCUGAUGCCUUCGUAGCAGCACCUGCUCCAACUGCGGCUCCAAGCCUUCGUGGAACUACCACUAAGGCCCAGGCGGCCCAGACCGCUGGUUCCGGUCUGCCUCUCGCCUGCGGCGGUGCAGUGGCUGCUGCAGUGGUCGCUUCCCAGCGAACAGGCCGACAGUCGCGCACCUCGAGCCUCCCAACCAGUGUGGUCCAAGUCAAGGAGAGCUGCGUCACCCGACGUGCAUUGGACCAGUCCAGUCGCUAUGCUGACCUGUCUCUGGACGAGGAUACUCUUAUCCGAAAUGGCAAGCAUGUGCUGGUUGCCUACAUCAUGAAGCCCAAGGCGGGCUAUGACUACUUGGCCACCGCUGCCCACUUCGCCGCGGAGUCCUCCACCGGAACCAACGUGAACGUGUGCACCACUGAUGACUUCACCAAGUCUGUGGAUGCCCUGGUGUACUACAUUGACCCUGACAAUGAGGAGAUGAAGAUCGCCUACCCAACUCUCCUGUUCGACCGCAACAUCACCGACGGCCGUGGCAUGAUGUGCUCUUUCCUGACUCUGGCCAUUGGAAACAACCAGGGCAUGGGCGAUGUCGAGUACGGAAAAAUCUACGACUUCUACCUGCCACCCGCAUUCCUCAGGCUGUAUGAUGGCCCCUCCGUGAACGUGGAGGACAUGUGGCGCAUCCUGGGCCGUGGCACUACCAACGGUGGUUUGGUGGUUGGCACCAUCAUCAAGCCAAAGCUGGGUCUGCAGCCCAAGCCUUUCGGUGAGGCGUGCUACUCCUUCUGGCAGGGAGGUGACUUCAUCAAGAACGACGAGCCCCAGGGCAACCAGGUGUUCUGCCAGAUGAACGAGUGCAUUCCUGAGGUGGUGAAGGCCAUGAGGGCUUGCGUCAAGGAGACAGGCAGCUCCAAGCUCUUCUCCGCCAACAUCACUGCAGAUGAUCCUGAGGAGAUGAUUGCCCGUGGCAAGUACAUCAUGUCUCAGUUCGGUCCUUUGUCCGAGAACUGCGCAUUCUUGGUGGAUGGCUAUGUUGCAGGUGGAACUGCAGUGACCUGCUGCAGGCGCAACUUCCCCAAGCAGUUCUUGCACUACCACCGAGCCGGCCACGGUUCAGUGACCAGCCCCCAGACCCAGCGUGGUUACACUGCCUUUGUGCACACCAAGAUCUCCCGAGUUAUCGGUGCUUCUGGCAUCCACGUGGGCACCAUGAGCUUCGGCAAGAUGGAGGGUGAUGCCUCCGACAAGAACAUUGCUUACAUGCUGCAGGAUGAUGAGGCCGAUGGUCCUUACUACCGACAGGAGUGGCAGGGCAUGAAGGAGACCACCCCCAUCAUCUCUGGUGGCAUGAACGCCCUGCGCUUGCCAGCCUUCUUCGAGAACCUGGGACACUCCAACGUGAUCCUGACUGCUGGCGGUGGCUCUUUCGGUCACAAGGAUGGCCCCAAGAUCGGUGCCAUCUCUUGCCGUCAGGGUGAGGAGGCCUGGAAGCAGUGGAAGGCCGGCCAGUUCGGCAACAUUAGCUUGAGCGAUGGCGUGAUCGAGUAUGCCAAGACCCACGAGGAGAUCAAGGGUGCUUUCCUGACCUUCCAGAAGGAUGCGGACCAGAUCUACCCUGGAUGGAAGGAGAAGCUCGGCUACACCGGCGAGUCCUCCGUGCAGGCUGCAUCCUUCGACUGGGCCAAGCGUGCUUCUGCUGCUGCCUUCGUGGGUGCCAGUGUUGCCCCUGCCAAGAAGGAGAAUGUUGUUGCCCGCCAGGCUUUGGAUCAGUCCAGCCGAUAUGCUGACCUUUCCCUGGAUGAAGACACCUUGAUCAGGAACGGCAAGCACGUGCUGGUUGCCUACAUCAUGAAGCCCAAGGCGGGCUAUGACUACUUGGCCACCGCUGCCCACUUUGCCGCGGAGUCCUCCACUGGUACCAACGUGAACGUGUGCACCACUGAUGACUUCACCAAGUCUGUGGAUGCCCUGGUGUACUACAUCGACCCUGACAAUGAGGAGAUGAAGAUCGCCUACCCAACCCUGCUGUUCGACCGCAACAUCACCGAUGGCCGCGGAAUGAUGUGCUCUUUCUUGACCUUGGCCAUUGGAAACAAUCAGGGUAUGGGCGAUGUCGAGUACGGAAAGAUCUACGACUUCUACCUGCCUCCCGCAUUCCUCAGGCUGUAUGAUGGUCCUUCAGUGAACGUGGAGGACAUGUGGCGCAUCCUGGGCCGUGGCACCACCAACGGUGGUUUGGUGGUUGGCACCAUCAUCAAGCCAAAGCUGGGUCUGCAGCCCAAGCCUUUCGGUGAGGCGUGCUACUCCUUCUGGCAGGGAGGUGACUUCAUCAAGAACGACGAGCCCCAGGGCAACCAGGUGUUCUGCCAGAUGAACGAGUGCAUUCCUGAGGUGGUGAAGGCCAUGAGGGCUUGCGUCAAGGAGACAGGCAGCUCCAAGCUCUUCUCCGCCAACAUCACUGCAGAUGAUCCUGAGGAGAUGAUUGCCCGCGGCAAGUACAUCAUGUCUCAGUUCGGUCCUUUGUCCGAGAACUGCGCAUUCUUGGUUGAUGGCUAUGUUGCAGGUGGAACUGCAGUGACCUGCUGCAGGCGCAACUUCCCCAAGCAGUUCUUGCACUACCACCGAGCCGGCCACGGUUCAGUGACCAGCCCCCAGACCCAGCGUGGUUACACUGCAUUCGUGCACACCAAGAUCUCCCGAGUCAUCGGUGCUUCUGGCAUCCACGUGGGCACCAUGAGCUUCGGCAAGAUGGAGGGUGAUGCUUCCGACAAGAACAUUGCUUACAUGCUGCAGGAUGAUGAGGCCGAUGGUCCUUACUACCGACAGGAGUGGCAGGGCAUGAAGGAGACCACCCCCAUCAUCUCUGGUGGCAUGAACGCCCUGCGCCUGCCAGCCUUCUUUGAGAACCUGGGACACUCCAACGUGAUCCUGACUGCCGGCGGUGGCUCUUUUGGUCACAAGGACGGCCCCAAGAUUGGUGCCAUCUCUUGCCGUCAGGGUGAGGAGGCCUGGAAGCAGUGGAAGGCCGGCCAGUUCGGCAACAUUAGCUUGAGCGAUGGUGUGAUUGAGUAUGCCAAGACUCAUGAGGAGAUCAAGGGUGCUUUCUUGACCUUCCAGAAGGAUGCUGACCAGAUCUACCCUGGAUGGAAGGAGAAGCUCGGCUACACUGGCGAGUCCUCCGUGCAGGCUGCAUCCUUCGACUGGGCCAAGCGUGCUUCUGCUGCUGCCUUCGUGGGUGCCAGUGUUGCCCCUGCCAAGAAGGAGAACGUUGUUGCCCGCCAGGCUUUGGAUCAGUCCAGCCGAUACGCGGACUUGUCCCUGGAUGAGGACACGUUGAUCAGGAACGGCAAGCACGUGCUGGUUGCCUACAUCAUGAAGCCCAAGGCGGGCUAUGACUACUUGGCCACCGCUGCCCACUUUGCCGCGGAGUCCUCCACUGGUACCAACGUGAACGUGUGCACCACUGAUGACUUCACCAAGUCUGUGGAUGCCCUGGUGUACUACAUCGACCCUGACAAUGAGGAGAUGAAGAUCGCCUACCCAACCCUGCUGUUCGACCGCAACAUCACCGAUGGCCGCGGAAUGAUGUGCUCUUUCUUGACCUUGGCCAUUGGAAACAAUCAGGGUAUGGGCGAUGUCGAGUACGGAAAGAUCUACGACUUCUACCUGCCUCCCGCAUUCCUCAGGCUGUAUGAUGGUCCUUCAGUGAACGUGGAGGACAUGUGGCGCAUCCUGGGCCGUGGCACCACCAACGGUGGUUUGGUGGUUGGCACCAUCAUCAAACCAAAGCUGGGUCUGCAGCCCAAGCCUUUCGGUGAGGCGUGCUACUCCUUCUGGCAGGGAGGUGACUUCAUCAAGAACGAUGAGCCCCAGGGCAACCAGGUGUUCUGCCAGAUGAACGAGUGCAUUCCUGAGGUGGUGAAGGCCAUGAGGGCUUGCGUCAAGGAGACAGGCAGCUCCAAACUCUUCUCCGCUAACAUCACUGCAGAUGAUCCUGAGGAGAUGAUUGCCCGCGGCAAGUACAUCAUGUCUCAGUUCGGUCCUUUGUCCGAGAACUGCGCAUUCUUGGUGGAUGGCUAUGUUGCAGGUGGAACUGCAGUGACCUGCUGCAGGCGCAACUUCCCCAAGCAGUUCUUGCACUACCACCGAGCCGGCCACGGUUCAGUGACCAGCCCCCAGACCCAGCGUGGUUACACUGCCUUUGUGCACACCAAGAUCUCCCGAGUCAUCGGUGCUUCUGGCAUCCACGUGGGCACCAUGAGCUUCGGCAAGAUGGAGGGUGAUGCCUCCGACAAGAACAUUGCUUACAUGCUGCAGGAUGAUGAGGCCGAUGGUCCUUACUACCGACAGGAGUGGCAGGGCAUGAAGGAGACCACCCCCAUCAUCUCUGGUGGCAUGAACGCCCUGCGCCUGCCAGCCUUCUUCGAGAACCUGGGACACUCCAACGUGAUCCUGACUGCCGGCGGUGGCUCCUUCGGUCACAAGGACGGCCCCAAGAUUGGUGCCAUCUCUUGCCGUCAGGGUGAGGAGGCCUGGAAGCAGUGGAAGGCCGGCCAGUUCGGCAACAUUAGCUUGAGCGAUGGCGUGAUCGAGUAUGCGAAGACUCAUGAGGAGAUCAAGGGUGCUUUCUUGACCUUCCAGAAGGAUGCGGACCAGAUCUACCCUGGAUGGAAGGAGAAGCUUGGCUACACCGGCGAGUCCUCCGUGCAGGCUGCAUCCUUUGACUGGGCCAAGCGCGCUUAGGUGUUUUGUCAUGAUUUUGUGCUUUCGUCAGUCGGAUGUUUCGGAUGUUUCUAAGAAGUGCAGUUUUCCGUGCCCCUUUCCGUUUCAAAGGAAUAGCAGGUGAAAGAGUCUGCUGAAGGGGCCUUUUCCAGAAACCUGAAUCGAGGUUGCAAUCUUUCAUGAAGGUCGGUGGUGACAGGAUUCUUGCAAUGAUUCAAAAUUCAUGUUGGUCAAAAGCAGAGAGGAGGUACUCAAGUAUCUUCUGCUCUGACGCAGCUCGUUGCGAGCAAAGAAAAAGAA